CUCCCCCUGGACCGGGUGCUGUGACUCUGUUUCCGCGCUUUUUCGAGUUCAGCUUCCGCCUCCAUUUUGUCCUGUUGUGCGCAGUUGGCAGAGCGGAAGAAUUACGGCUGCUGUGCUCCGGGUCUGGGAGAAGCAUUUACAGUAAUGGACGGCAUUAGUGACGUUGCGGUUGGUGUAAAGAGAGGAUCAGAUGAGCUGUUGUCCAGCAGCAUGUACAACAGUCCCAACUCAGGGAUGAGCAGCAUCAGUGAUGGCACAUCCAAUGGAAGUGACAGCAAAAAGUUAAGAGUUGAAGACAGGGUAGGAGACGCCCCUCCAUCUCGCGUUCUCCACAUCAGAAAACUACCUAAUGAAGUCUCGGAGACAGAGGUCAUUGCUUUAGGGCUGCCUUUUGGGAAGGUCACAAACAUCCUUACUCUAAAAGGCAAAAAUCAGGCGUUCCUAGAGCUAAGCACAGAAGAAGCCGCCAUUACCAUGGUGAACUACUAUUCAGCUGUUACACCACAUGUCCGAAACGUCCCCGUCUUCAUACAGUAUUCCAAUCACAAAGAGCUAAAGACAGACAAUGCAAAUCAGUCAACGCCAUCAUCAGGCUCAAGUGACGGUACGCUUACAUCACCCUCCAGUCCCGUAUUAAGAAUCAUCAUUGACAACAUGUUCUACCCUGUCACUUUGGAUGUGUUGCAGCAGAUCUUCUCAAAAUUUGGCACAGUCAUGAAAAUCAUCACAUUUACAAAGAACAAUCAGUUUCAGGCUUUGCUACAGUACAAUGAUGCAGGAAGUGCUCAACAAGCCAAAGUGGCUCUCGAUGGUCAGAACAUUUACAAUGCCUGCUGUACACUCCGCAUAGACUAUUCCAAACUCGUCAACCUGAAUGUGAAGUACAACAACGAUAAGAGUAGGGACUACACCAGACCCGAGCUGCCUGCUGGCGAUGGCCAGCCUGCUGUGGACCCCUCUAUGGCAGCAGCCUUUAGCAAGGACUCGAACUCCCUGCUCGGUAAGAUCCCAGGUGCGCUGAGCCCUCUGAGUGCGGCGGCUGCAGCAGCGGCAGCAGCAGGGAGAGUGGCUCUGUCUGGACAUUCAGGCAACAGUGGAGUGCUCUUGGUCAGCAAUCUUAACGAAGAGAUGGUUACGCCCCAAAGUCUGUUUACCCUCUUCGGGGUGUAUGGCGACGUGCAGCGCGUGAAGAUUCUCUAUAACAAAAAAGACAGUGCGCUGAUACAGAUGGCUGAUCUGAAUCAAGCCCAGCUUGCAAUGAGUCAUCUCAAUGGACAGAAGAUGUAUUCAAAGAUCAUCCGCGUUACCAUGUCCAAGCAUCAGACGGUUCAGUUACCCAGAGACGGUCUGGAUGAUCAGGGCCUCACCAAGGAUUUCACCAACUCUCCUCUGCAUCGUUUCAAAAAGCCCGGCUCGAAGAACUUCCAGAACAUCUUCCCUCCUUCUGCCACCCUCCAUCUGUCAAACAUCCCACAAGACAUAACUGAAGAUGACCUCAGAGUACUGUUCACUAACUCUGGCGGCACUGUGAAAGCUUUCAAGUUUUUCCAAGAUCGCAAAAUGGCUCUGAUCCAGCUGUCUACAGUUGAAGAAGCCAUUCAGUGCUUGAUCGACCUCCACAACUACAACAUGGGUGACAACCACCACUUGAGGGUCUCCUUCUCCAAGUCAACAAUUUAAAAGAAGCUUAGAUAUCUUGCUUUGUCUUACGUUUUGACUGUUCCGGUACACUGGGGACCACAGUCUCUUUUUUUUGUUGUUGUUCUUUUGUUUGUUUGUUUGUUUGUUUUUUUUUGUACCAGUCAUUCCCUAAGAAAAUAUGGGUGAACCUUACAUUUUCUUUGAAAUGAAAAAUUCUUAUAGUUUCCCAGUGUCCCCAUUGUAUGCUAGCAGGUUGUGAACCUUUUCCCAGUUCUUUGCUAGAGGAGGGUGGAACCUCAUUUUAUUAUAAUUAGUUGACAAAGAAUGUGCCUUACUCAACGAGCUAGCAUAAAGAUUUCCACUUCCCUACGUUUUCAUAAACCCAAGUGGGCCACAGGAGGACAGGCUUCUUUGUUGUAGAGGUGUAAAGUUUUGUAAAAAAAAACCAAAAAAAAAACCAGCUAUUUUGUUUUCUUCUCCCAUGUGUGAUUUGUACAGUGUGUGAAUUCUUGCCUCUUAGAAUUCCAGUUCAUGUUAUCUUGCUUUUUGUGCUCAUGUCUCAUUUUGUGUUUCUACAUAUUUGAUGAGUUAGAAUUCUUGGUAGGAUCUCGGUGAAAUAUCCGGUGGAAUGUAUAUAACACACCUUUAACAUUGAUUCUUUAUAGAGCUUAAUGUUCACCAUAAAGCUUUAAUAUUAGUGUGGGUCCACCAAGUGUUUUUAUUAAGCGUUUCUUUUAUAAUGUACCAUUAAAACAUCAGUGGUUAGAACUUCAGUACAUGUUGAAUUUGAGUUUUGCAUAGUAGACAUUUAUCUUUGAUUUUUUUUUUUUUGUUGUUGUUGUUUAAACUCCUCAAAGGCUGUUUUGCAUGUGCUAACAGGUGUAGUUAGUUGUGAGAAUCUUUGUCUGGAGAACAGCCGUUGCAUGCAUUAGUGAAAGGUUAAAAUUGCGAGCCUUACGAUUUGAAAUGAGCAGCGCGUAGGAGAGAGCAACUGGUGGGACCAAAGUUUGUGCCUUUAGUCUUAAUUUACUGAACACAAAUUUUUAAUCAAAUCCCUCAUUUUGUAUUUCUGAGAAGUUAGGCCCACAGGCAGGCCGAUGUUUAUCCAGUAUGAAAAAAUGUAACGGUUACAGAACAUCUAGCCCAGUUUUUUUUUUUUUUUUCUUUUCUUAAAACCCUAUGGGUGUAUUUUUCACAUUAAGUGACUGUACAUGUUGACAGUGGAAAUAAGUUCCCUAUUUCAUUUUUUUUUUUUUUUACUUAUUUAGAAUUGUAAAAUUCAAUAUAGUUUGAAUGUGGCCCAAUUAAAAGAUCUUUUUUCUAACAAAGCGGUAAGGAUUGACUUUGUUGUGGUUUUUAUUUCUUCCCUCUGUCUCUCUCUCCCUCUCUCUUGUACUCUGCUUUUAACUCUGUAGCAUGCUCAAUAAAUACUUCUGUAGCUCUGUG